AUGACCGACUACGGGCCCCCCUACGGCUACGCCGUCCGCCGCAACGAAACCUGCAACAACGUGCUCAACGAAGUCGACUGCGCAAACCCCUGGGCCGAGUGGCACAACUGCUGCCCCGAAAACACCGUCUGCGGCGACGGCGGGGUCUGCUGUCCGACCGACGCCGGCUGCGAUGCGCCCCUCGACCGCGACCCGCACUGCGCGAAUAAUGGCACCUGGGACUUGUACUGGCUUGACUCGUACUUUUGCUGUGAUAGUGAUACGAACGGGUUUUCGUUUUCGGGGCUCGAGUACAAUGGCAGUCAGACGACGGGCGUGGGCUGUUCGGAGGGAUAUCCGAGUGGGGAUUAUACCGAGGUGCUUGUGCCGGUUUCCUAUGGAAACGAAACUGACACCAACUCAUCCUCAUCCGCUACGCCCUCACCUACAACCUCGACACAAACAGACUCCCCCGCCGCCACAGCAACCGAGGACUCCUCCUCAUCCUCAUCCACAAACACAGGCGCCAUAGCGGGCGGCGUCGUCGGCGGCGUCGCAGGCGCAGCGAUAAUCAUCGCGCUGGUCUGGUUCCUCAUGCGCCGCCGACGCAAGGCCGCCGCGUCGGGCGUCGACGCUGUGAACGCACCGGUCGGAAACGCGGGGUAUGGCGCGGGCGCGGAGGCUCUACCGCUGAAGGAGCAGUAUGCGCCAAUGGGACCGGUUGAGAUGGAGAAUAAUGCUGUGCGCGCGGAGCUGUAUGGGGAUCAGCAUGCUGAUGGGGGGAUACCACAUGAGUUGCCGGCGAGUGUGCCUGGGCGAUGA